AUGAGGUUCAUGGCAUUUGGUACAGAGGCCCCACUCAUAAAAAGUCCAACUCAAGCCCUACGGUCCAGUUGUUGUCUGGUCCCGCUCCUUCUCUACACCUUCUGCCGACCGCCAGACCGCAUCCGGCAAAAUCACACCACCGCUUUCGGCCAUUUGCCAGCGGCUGAUAUUCCCAUGCCACCUCUCACUGGUGCUGUUUUUCUGUGA